AUGCUUGGCUCUCAAAGCCAUGAGCGGCGCCAAGCCAUGAAGGCUCUGCGCAACCAGAGCAUCAAAAUCAUUACUGGUUACACCAUCCUCGGCUUCUGCAACGUCAUCCUCUCCAGCAUCGUCUUCUCCUCCAGCUACCUCAUCAUCCCCUACUCCCGACCGGCCGUCAUCCUCAUCCAGGUCCUGCCCGCCCUCGCCGUCAAGCUGCUGGCCCCCCACGCGCUCCGCCACGUCCACUGGAAGCUGCGCCCGUUUCUCUUCGCCGCCUGCUGGGCCCUCGCCGUCUUCGUCACCUCGGUCACGCCCGCCAACGUGCCCGCCGUCUGGCGCGUCCUCAUCACCAUGCUCGCCGCCGCCACGGCCGCCGCCACCGAGGUCUCCUGCAUGGGCCACUUGCGGCACUUUGGCCGCGCGGGCCUAGCCGGCUGGGGCAUCGGCACCGGCGCCGCCUCGCUCCUCUGGGCUGUCGCGCCCUACUUCCUCACCGUCAGCAUGCACGCCGUCCUGCGCCGCGCCGUCGACUACGCCCACUACUUCAUCGGCGCCGGGCUCGUCGCCAACUCGAUGAUCCUGCGCCGGCCGCCCAUCUUCACCACCACGACUGUCGACAGCAUCAAGUUUGACGCGAGGGCCGCCGAAGAAGGCGGCUCGUUUGUGGUCCAGGAGCCGCCGCAGAGCGAGCCCCAGACGUGGACGGGCCGUCUCGAGCACAACCUGCGCCUGAUUGAUCCUCUCGCCAAGCCUUACAUCCGCUCCCUGUGCUUUGCCUUUACGCUGCAGGCUCUGGUCGCGCCGGGCAUCUCGCGCGCCUACGGCCAGUCUGCCGUCUUUGGCAGCUUCGAGACCUUUUACGCCAUCUACAAUCUCGCUUUCCAGGCCGGCAACCUCGUGUCGCGCUCCACCAUUCUCCUCAUCCGCUUCCGCCACCUCGCUCGCCUGACCUCCCUGCUCGCCGUUCUGGUUGCCGUAAUUCUCUUCAACGGCGUGGCCUCAAUCUUCUCUUCGCCGUACUUUCUGCUGCCCGCGCUCUUCCUGACAGGUCUCCUCGGCGGCGCCGUGUACGCCAACGUGUUCGCGUCAGCUGUCGAGCAGAUGGCCACCGACAAGCCCGCCGAUGCGGAGUUUGGCCUCGGCGUCAUUGGCACCGGCGAGACGGCCGGCACGCUAUGCGGCUCGCUCCUCGCCGCGCUGGUAGAACAGAGCCUAUGCAGCGUGGACGCAGGAACGGGCACGCGAUGGUGCUAUACCAGAUCUUGA